UUCAAAUUCUUUUUCAGUCAACUUGUGGGUCUCCUUUUCUUUGAGGAUAAUUACUGGGAGUUUAUUGUGUUCUUUUGGUGGCAUCAUAUCUUCCUGAUUCUGUGUGAUUCUUGUAACUUUGUGUAGAUGUCUAUGCAUUUGCAGAAGCAGUCAUCCCCUCCAAAAUUCAUAAACUGACUUUUUAGAGUAAAGACCUUCACCUGCAGUGGGUUAGACAUACUGGAAUGCAUGAGGUACCAAAUGAAGGGGCAUAUGGUGACUGUGGACCUCAGUGUGCAUGGUAUCCCAUUGACUCAGACAGCUGGGGUUGGCAACCUCAGAAACUAUGUGAUCCUUGGUGAUGAGAGCUGAAGAAGGCCCAUGGUCACUGUGAGGUGCUCCUUCAAGUUGGCAAAGUUUCAGUCUCUACCAGACAUGAAAAAGAUAAAAGUGGUAGAAAAAGGCCCAAAGCAGGAAUGAGAGAUUGUAGAAUACAAAACAGACUGGUUCAAGAUGGGAGAGGAGAUAAAACCCAGAAAACUACAUGAGGAGGGAUUUGAAGAACUAAAAACAGAACAGGAUGGCAAACUCAAGGCAAAAUCCAGAUCCAGAAUGGAGAAGAGGGAGAUAAACAGUGCUUUUGUGGGUAGAAUCCAGUUAUAAAUAUUUGGGCCCACUCAAUGUCAUCUAUACUUGCUAUCAUACUAGAAUCAUUCUUCUCAUCACUAGGCUCCUGACUUUGACCUCUUUCCAGAUGCAUUUAACUCCCUUUCCCCAGGUAUUCUAAGAAUUGCCUGACAGUUGCCCAGGUUCCCUGAAUAAAAUACAGUUAAAUCAGUGCAUAAGGAACUUUAUACAGUGAUCUCAGACUCCUGACCAAGAACACCUCUGCACCAUUGAUAGACAGUGGCUGUGCCCACCAGGAGGAUGGGCAAUCGCACUGCAGUGAGCAUAUUCCUUCUGUGGGGAUUUUCCAGUUUUUCAGACCUGCAGCGUCUACUUUUUGCGGUGAUUUUCUUCUUCCACGUGACUAUCAUAGCGGCAAAUGUGUCUGUAAUGGGGGCCAUCAAGCUCAGCCACAACCUUCACACUCCCAUGUACUUUUUCCUCUGUGGCCUGUCCUUUUCAGAAACCUGUACCACUAUGGUAGUCAUCCCUCGCAUGCUGGUGGACUUGCUAUCAGAGAGCAAGACCAUUUCUCUUCCUGAGUGUGCCACACAGAUGUUUUUCUUUUUGGGCUUCGCAUCGAAUAACUGUUUCAUCAUGGGUGCCAUGUCCUAUGACCGCUACACAGCCAUCUGCAACCCACUGCAGUACCACACCCUUAUGACAAGAAACAGCUGCUUGCAGAUGAUGAUGGCUUCUUGGAUGGUUGGGUUCCUGUUUUCUCUGUGCAUCAUCGUCACUGUAUUCAACUUGUCUUUUUGCGACUUGAACGCUAUCCAGCACUACUUCUGUGAUAUCUCACCUGUGGUCUCCCUUGCUUGUAAUUACACUUCCUAUUAUAAAAUGGCUAUUUUUGUGCUCUCUGCCUUUGUGUUGGUGGGCAGCUUUAUUUUAAUUAUGAUUUCCUAUGUCUUCAUUGUAUUCAUAGUCAUAAAGAUGCCCUCUGCCAAGGGGAGGUCUAAGGCCUUCUCAACUUGCUCCUCCCACCUCUCUGUUGUGUGCAUACACUAUGGAUUUGCUUCCUUUGUCUAUUUGAGGCCCAAGAACAGCAACUCCUUCCAUGAAAAUAUGCUGAUGGCCAUGGCAUACACAAUACUGACACCUCUGCUUAAUCCCAUUGUGUACAAUCUGAGGAACAAAGAAAUGCAGAUAGCCCUAAGAAAAGCACUAGGCAGUAUAAUUGGGUUUUUCCCUCAGAAGACAUAAAAAGGAGCCCUGAACAUUUUAAAAAAUUACCUAUCUCAAUAUGCAAUACUGUUUUAAAAAAUUACCUAUCAUUGAUAAAUAAA